UUUUCUCUCUAAUCUCUCAUUACCUCUCCCAAAAAUAAGGAUCUCUUCCUUUGUCUCUCUCGUUUCUCACUUUCUUUCUCAAUUGUUUUCUUUCUCAUUUUUCCUCAGCUAUCUCUAUCAUCUCCGACAACAUGGCUAACGCAGCGUCUGGAAUGGCUGUUAACGAUGAAUGUAAAUUGAAGUUUCUCGAAUUAAAAGCGAAGAGAAACUACCGUUUUAUUGUGUUUAAGAUCGAGAAUCAAGAAGUUGUAGUGGAGAAGCUUGGAGGUCCGGAAGAAACCUACGAGGACUUCAGUGCAUGUCUACCUGCUGAUGAGUGUCGCUAUGCUGUCUUUGAUUUUGAUUUCACCACCGCUGAAAACUGCCAGAAAAGCAAGAUUUUCUUCAUUGCAUGGUCACCAGAUAUUUCAAAAGUGAGACAUAAGAUGGUGUAUGCUAGCACCAAGGACAGAUUCAAGAGGGAACUUGAUGGCAUUCAAGUUGAGUUGCAAGCAACAGAUCCAAGUGAAAUGAGCUUUGACAUCGUUAAAUCGCGAGCACUAUAAAAUGUCUCUCAUUCCAGUUAUUCAUGAAUCUUUGCCCGUAUAGCUAGCUUUUGCAGCACUAAUUUUUUGCUUUUUGUUCUUUGUGUCUUUAUGGUCUAAGGUUUAGUAUAAUACUAGAAAAACACAUACACACAUACACUACAAUGCGUUUAAUAUCACAUUAGAUAGUUUACUUAUUGUAUACAUUACAUUAUUUGGCUUCUUAAAGUGUAACUGUACUUAGCUGCAAAUCCAUUUCAUUC